UGGAACGUUAGAAAACAACACUUUCGGUUGAAAUAUGUGUGGACAUGGAGGUUUGGGGGAAGGAACCGCUUCAUGUACAUUUUUUUUGUGGUUGAACAACAAACAGGCGCCAUUUUUUUCUCUUUAUGUGUGUGUGUGUGUGUGCUCGUCAUCGUAAUCAUAACCACCACCACAUGA